CCCGCCCCUCGCAGGCAGAGUCCAUUGAGAAGCGCAGGCUGGAUCCUUUGAAGCCUCCCGGGUUGGGGGGCGGGCACGGGCUUCCUGCGUUGUCCGACCUGGUGUGUAAUCUAUCAGGCUUGGCAUUAUCGCUAUUCCAGGAAGGGACUGCGGUUCGCGCGGGGAUGACUGGGGCCCUUCAACAAAUACUAAUAACAACCUCGUCCAGGAGGACCACUCGUGGCGCUAACUACGCGGUUCUGUUCUAAGAGCUUUAUGGAAGACGAGUGCCACCUUUGAGUUCCUGCUGUGUUGAGCAGGAUGGGAAGAACUGUCAGCUGACUGCAGGGCAAACCUGCCUGCAGAGGAGCGGCGUCCUUCCAUCGGGCAGAUCCUUAACCCAGUGGACCUCCGCCCACUCCCUCUAGGAAGCCUUCCCAGUUGCUCCCUUGGGGUCAGCCCCUCCUCCCAGGGCCCAGUACUUGCUUGUCAUUUUUGUUCGUUUUGACCUGAGGGAGAUGUCUCAGGGGUGCCUCAUGCCUAUUUUAAUGAAUGGGAAAACCGAGGCCCAGACAGGUGGGAUGAGGAUCACAGGGGCAGCAAGAACAAAGGAUCUAGGCCUGGCUGACUCUGCUGGGUCACUGUCACCACCGCCCUGUCCCUUUCCUUGUGCCCAGACUGCUUGUGAAGUGAGGGAGUCCCUGGUGUCGGAUAGGAAUCAGGUUCUUUGUUAGGAGCGGGGAAAGUUUGCUAGCUCCAGACAGAUCUGAUUGGUCCUAGGAACUGAUCAGUCUGGAGUGCCCUAGAUCUUGGGUGGCCAAGAGAAGGCUGACUUUGUCCUUAUUCCUGUCCUGUUUGUACUCCUGGAGUGAAUGGCCCGUACAUUCUGGCCUUUGUCUCUUGUCCCAUGCAUCCUAGUCUGAGCUGACAUUUCCUAAGCAUGGAUAACCUAUACGCUAGGCAGCCGCGCCCUCAUCUACUGUGAUGGAAGGUCCUAGACAGACGUUAACCCGGGAGGACAGCGAGGUUAGGGGGCUGUGGCAUUUGAAGGAGUUAGGAGGGGAGAGCAUUCACCUGUGGACCAACUUUAUAACACACAUUCCAGACAGGGAGCACCGUUGCUAAUGGGCUAGUCAUCUCCUGGAAAGACGGGUAGAGAAAGGAAGGAGUGCAUGCAUCUGCGACCAUCUGCUACACCCUCUUCAUAAACUGGGAGGAAGGAGUAAGUUCUGUGGCGCUUACUUGGCCCUGGUUGAUGUUUGCUUUUCUCCAGAGACCGGAGCCUGAUCCUGAGUGUGCUGCUGCUCCAGAAAGGGAUGAGAGGUCAUUCUUGAGUUCAAAGGAAAAGGCCAUGCAGCCAGGCCUCGAACUGUGCAGGUCUGGGGCAGAGAGUGGACAGAGAGGCUUAGGAGCAACUCCUCAGGCGAGUCCGAGGUGCCCCUGGCUGCUGUCUGUAGAGCAGAGGGGCUGACCUCAGUGAGGAUGAGAGUGGCCACGGAAGGUGUCUGGUGGUGAUGCUUUAAGACUUUUCUUUUUUUUUUUCUUUUUCUGCCUCAGCCUCUGAAGUGCUGGAAUUAUAAACGUGCGCCACCACACCCGGCCCAGGGAAUGUUUCUCAAGGCAUUUGAAGAAUCAGCACAAGUGGAUAAGGAUGGCUAAGCGUUCUAGAGGGCAACCGGGAGAGGGCUUCCGGCUCUCCAUUCGCGUCCUGCGAUUGGCCAUAAAACAUUCUUCUACUCACUGGGCCUGCGCAAAGCGGAGAGAGAAGGCGGGGCCUCGGGUAAGAUGGCGGCGGCUGCUGCCGGUGUGGGCCGCCUUGAGGAAGAGGCGCUGCGGCGGAAAGAACGGCUGAAGGCCCUCCGGGAGAAAACCGGCCGCAAGGACAGGGAAGAUGGGGAGCCACAGACCAAGCAGCUCAGAGAAGAGGAAGAAGAUGGGAAGCACAGGGGACUCAGGCUUCGGAACUAUGUCCCAGAGGAUGAAGACCUGAAGAGGAGGAGGGUGCCCCAGGCCAAACCAGUAGCAGUGGAAGAGAAGGUGAAGGAGCAGCUAGAGGCUGCCAAGCCCGAGCCUGUCAUUGAGGAAGUGGACCUGGCCAACCUGGCACCCCGGAAACCUGAUUGGGAUCUCAAGAGGGAUGUGGCCAAGAAGCUGGAGAAACUAGAAAAGCGGACCCAGAGAGCCAUUGCAGAGCUGAUCCGUGAACGGCUAAAAGGCCAGGAAGACAGCCUGGCCUCUGCAGUGGAUGCCACCACAGGACAAGAGGCUUGUGACUCUGACUGAUGUGUUCUCCGUGUCCCAUCAGCCCAGCACACAUCCUGCCGGAAGAUAGUCUUAGGCAGGGGUAGAGUUAGGCUGGCCAGCACUUCUGGGUCCCAAGAACUAAGCCAGCCCAGUCUCAGCCUCUGCGGGGUGAGGUCAGCUCAUCUCCAGGGUGCCCACCACCCUGAGUGGGUCAGAGCUGGGGUCUGUACAUAUGUGUGUAUAUUGAGCUUUUUUUUUUUUUAAACUUUGGAAAUAGAGACAAGUAAACUCCCAUGUAGUAGAGAG